AUUCAUUGUUGAAUUAUUAUUUCGUUAGUUCAGUUUUAGUUGCUUUAGUGAGAUACCGCAAUGGCUAAUACAGCGACAAAAUGUUGCUUCAAUCAAUUUGUUCGACGCUUCAGUACUCCAGCGAUACCGGAAUACAAUUUUAUACCUAAACCUUAUACGGGUCCAUCCGUCACAAAAACGGACAAAUUAAAACUGAACCAUGUUUCUCCAGUUGUUUAUGAUUUAUACAAGAAACCUCUCAUAAUACACCAAGGCAGCAUGCAAUGGCUCUACGACCAUGAAGGGAGGAGGUAUUUGGACCUCUUUGGUGGUAUAGUUACUGUCUCCGUCGGGCAUUGUCACCCGAAAGUUUCGUCAGCUCUACACGAGCAGAUUGAUACUCUAUGGCACACGACCAAUAUUUACCGCCAUCCUAAACUCUAUGAGUACGUGGAGAAACUAACUGCAAAGUUUCCUGGAGAUCUGAAGGUUGUAUACUUAGUGAAUAGCGGUACGGAGGCAAACGAUCUCGCUGUAGUCCUCGCAAAGGCUUUCACCGGCAACAAUGACGUCAUCUCCCUGCAGAGCGGCUACCACGGCUGUUCUUACGGAGUGAUGGGACUCACCUCUACACAGGCGUACCGACAACCUAAUAUAUCACACGCUGGAUUCUAUAACGCGUUGUUACCAGACCCCUACCGUGGUAUCUGGGGAGGCUGCCGGGACUCCUUGUCGCAAGCCCCCGGUGCGUGCAGCUGUCCCGGGGACUGUGUUACCUCUGAUAAAUACGCACAUCAAUUAAGUGAGCUUUUAGACAACUCAGUGCCCGCGGGUCGUGUGGCAGCGCUCUUUGCUGAAAGUAUACAGGGUGUCAACGGCGCGUUGCAGUUCCCUAAGGGUUAUCUGCGAAAAGCUUAUCAAUUGAUAAAGAAGUAUGGAGGACUUUAUGUCGCUGAUGAAGUCCAAACCGGUUUUGGCCGGACUGGAGAUACAUUCUGGGGUUUCGAGGACCAAGGCUUCACGCCUGACAUUGUUACCAUGGCCAAAGGUAUCGGGAACGGCUUCCCAUUGGCUGCAGUGGUUACUACAAAGGAGAUUGCGUCAGCGCACGCGCAGGCUUCAUAUUUUAAUACGUUUGGCGGUAACCCACUCGCGGCUACAGUUGGAAAGGCUGUUUUAGAAGUGAUAGAAGAAGAGAAUCUUCAAGAGAACAACAAGGUGAUAGGAAGGUACUUCAUCGAGCAGCUGAUGGAACUACAGAAGGUCCACCCGGUGAUUGGAGAUGUCAGAGGCAAGGGUCUUAUGUUGGGAUUGGACCUCGUCAAGCCAGGGACCAAGGAACCUAUGCCAUUAGACCAGUUCAAAAACAUCUUUGAAACUAUUAAAGAUCUUGGAGUAUUGAUAGGACGUGGAGGGAGAUGGAAUAAUGUCCUCAGAAUAAAGCCGCCGAUGUGUAUAAACAAACAAGACUUCACAUCUAAAGUGCUGAAAUGUGAAGAGACCAAGGAAUCAAUAGUGGAUUAUGGUAAAAUCACAAACUUUGAAGGAUAUCAAAUAGUUUUAGAAAACACUAUACUAUUUCCUGCAGGAGGUGGACAGCCCCAUGAUAUUGGAUGGUUGGAUAACAUUGAAGUUCUACAAGUGCUACGUAAAGGUGAUGAAGCACUUCAUUUCACAAAGGAGCCUUUAGCAGUUGGUACAACGGUGACACAGAAGAUCCAAUGGGAAAGAAGAUUUGAUCACAUGCAACAACAUUCUGGACAACAUCUUCUAUCUGCAAUAUUGGAGAAAGAGUAUGCAUUACCAACUACCAGCUGGUGGCUAGGAGCUGAAGAGAGCUAUGUGGAACUUGAUGCCAGUAGUGUGGCAGAGGAUGUCAUUAGAAAUGUGGAGACCAGAUGCAAUGACCUGAUCCGUGAUGCUGUUACAGUUAAUGUGAAGUUUUGUAAAGCUAAUGAUCCAGAUCUAAAUGAGGCACACACAAGAGGACUUCCUAAAGACUGCAUGGACACAAUCAGGAUUAUCUGCAUUGGAGAUAUUGAUGAGAACAUGUGCUGCGGCACUCAUGUCACUAAUCUGAGUCAAUUACAAGUGAUUAAAUUGCUGGGUACGGAGCCGGGAAAGAAAGGGAAGACCAAUUUAAAAUUCCUAGUAGGCAAUAGAGUGAAAAAGACAUUUCAGCAUAUGCUAGACAGAGAGAAAGCACUUACAGCUUUACUGAAAAAUGAACCAAACAAACAUGAAGAACUAGUAUCAAAAGUACAGAAAAAUCUUAAAAUAGCAAACAAAAGCUUGCAAAAUGUACUAUCAGAGUUAGCUCAAUUUGAGGUGGAUAGAAUAAAAAACAUUCAACCAAAGCCAAAGUAUAUUUUCAUGUGCAAAAAGGAAGCCACACCCGACUUCAACCGUUCGAUUUGCAAGGCAUUAGAGGGAGAUGGAAUAUUUUUAUUCCUUGCGUCUUCUGAACCAGAUAAGCCAAAGGAAGGUCAAAUUAUAAUUCAAGGUCUGGAAGAACAUUGCAAUGAACUUGGCCAACAAAUUACUGAACUUCUCAAAGCAAAAGGUGCCUUCAAACAUGGCAAAUUUCAAGGCAAAGCUGGCGAUUUGUCCGGUUUAAAUAAAUGCAAGAAAUUAGUUGAGGAAUAUUUUGCUAAUGUAUAAUAAAUCAUAUUAAACCAUUUUAAGCUGUAA